AUGCAAUCUUGUGCCAGCGAACCACUUGUGCCAGAAGCACAGUAUCGUCAUAAAAAAUUCGAUAUACACAAAAAAUCCUCGCCUGCACCGUCACCGAUUGGGAUUUCUACGGCGGAUGACGCGAAAACACAUGGGGAAAGUGUAAUGAAUGAAAGUCUGCAAGACAAACGCAAAAAACGACUUUGUGAAUCGAAGGAUUCAAAUCAAAUUAGCUUGGAAACUUAUGUAAAGGUUAAGGAAAAACUUGACCAGGAGUUAAGUUCUUGCGAUGAAUUGCCGAUGCCAGCAUUAAAAAGAUUUCGCAAGUGUUCGUUAUCUUCAAAGGCAGUAACUAAUCCACCUACAAUAGAGGAGGAAACCUUAAAAAAGAUCUGUGAACACCAAGAAAGAAUGAAAAGAAAAUUUCCAACUAAAGAACGGUCAGCGAAAGAACAAGAGAGACGGAAUAAGAACACAGAAUCAUGCCGCAUAACCCGUAAGAUGACAAAAUUAAAACAAAUCGUAAUUGAAGAAGAAUAUAAAACAGAUUAUGAGGAGAACAUGAAAAUUAAAGAAAAAUUGACACGAACGUAUACGUAUUUGAAUGUUCUACUCCGUUUAAAAAAUGGAGAUCGCGAUGUACUGGAGACAAUUCCGAAGGAAUAA